AUGUCAACAAUUAUUGCCAUUGAUCAUCAAUUUAUGUAUGAAAAAUUGAAAGAAGCUGAACAAGGUGGGUUGAACUUUUCAGGAUGAAAAACAACUUUCAAAAAUAACAAACGUCAGAAUAUUUUUCAUUUUUUUUCACACGCAAUCUUAUUUUUAUCAAUUUUGAAUCAAAUUACUCCAAAAAUCCAGAACGCGGGGGAGAAAGAUCAUGAGAUCAACUUGAUCUUCCACAAAAAACAUGGUUUUUGAUGGGAUUUCUCUGAAAUGUGACAGAUUUAAGUUAGAUGUUAUCUUGUAACGUUUUUCAAAAUCAUGAAAAUCUAUGAAGAUCUAUUUUUCCACUUGGAACUAAGCAUUCUUUGGAGAUUUUAAACUUGAUAUCACGUUGUUUCAAUAUCGUUUAAUUGUUCAGAACAUCGAACUAAAAAUGAAGCGUGUUCUGAAUUUUGAUGGUAGGUCAGGGAUUUCUGAAAAUUGGUUUUUUAUUGUGUAUUUCAGCAUAAAUGUAGUUGAGAAUUCAGAACUUUCAUAUUUUUACAGAAAAAAAGUUUUUACGUGAUAAUUUUUCUAGAAAGAUGAACAUAUAGCUUGAAAAUUUUUCACGAAUGAUUAAAAUUUUUUAAUUUGAAGGUUAACGUUAACAAGAUUUUUCAACAAUAAUUAUAGGAUCUCUUAUUCAUGUUUGAACUUAUUGAAUGUCAAGCCUGUUAAAUGUCAUAUCAUGUGACAGAGCUGUUAAUUCAAAGUAUUGGAAUUUGUAGAAAUCAAUACACAAAAUUUUAAAAUUAAAAUUUCAAAAUCUUUUUUCUGAUUUUCCCUUUAAUUUUUUCAAAAGAAAUCCAAAAUCCUCAUUGAAGAGGAUUUUCCAUAACAGGAAGUUAAAGUUCUUGUGUACUCUAUUCAUAAAGUACGAACAAGUUGUAAGAUUUUCAGAAUCUCAAAGUUAGGGCAAUCAUUAAUUCUAUUUCACUUGAUAAAUAUAUUUCAUAAAAAACCAUAAAUAUUUCAAAAUGACCCCCAGUAAUUUCUCAAUUUGUACUGAAUUCGGUUUAAAAAAGCAAAUAUUUACGCUAUUUUGGACAUUUUUCGAGAUCAGGUUCAUUUUUUUUUUGAAAAUUUUUGUUCCGAGUUACAUCAAUUUCCAUCGAAGCGUAAUAAUAUUUCUGCCAAAUUCAUACUUUUUCAAAAAUAAAAAUGAAAAAGAAAUUAAGAAUCUUUGAAAGUAACCAUAGUUGCAGUUCCACUCAAUAAACUUCUUUUGCAAUGAAAAGCUUUGCAAAUCUCAUUUUUAAUAAACGCUUUACGACAAACAACAAUUAUAUAAUCCCUGAAUUUUGCUAAAUCAAAUAUGUUUAUCUACAUUUUCACACGUUUUUGUAGACUAAUUUCCAUUUUCCAUAUCAUAUACAUAAAAAUAAUAAUAAUAGCAGUAAUAAUUCCCACGUUCUAUACGUUUUCCUUUUGUCUGUCUAAAAAUGAAUAAGCACGUCAUUUUUUUCAUUUGACAAUGAGACCACCAGAAUUGGAAAAAAAGCCAAAAAAAAGUGUUGAAACGUCAUGAGGUAUUUAUAAUUAAUGCCUAUUGAACUUAUUUUUCAUCAUGAAUUAUUCAUUAUAUGAUAUUCUUCUCGUGUGUUCGAGAAAAUAUGAUAUCAUUAUAUUUUUCUGAGAAAAUAACAACAAAAAGAUACAAGUUUCAGAGGGUACUAAAACAACAUUUUCUCGUUAUUUUUGAUUUUUCUGAAAAAAAAAACACUCUGAAAAAUUGAUUCACUGGAAAACUUUUUGGAUCAAAAAUUGCAGACGUUUUGCAGGAAAAAAACACUAGAGAUGUUAUGAAUCUGUAGGCUACGAACCUGCAAUUAUUAUUUUUUAUUUGGACCGAAACAAUCAGGCCAGGGAUAUCUGGCCCAGAGUGAUCACAUUUCAAAAAAAUGAAAAAAGUAUCAGAACAAUUGGCUCAAUCAAUAUCUCUCAAAAUUUUAAAAUUCCAGAAUUUUGCAGCCUUUAUAAUUACUUCUAGCAAAAUUGACAUUUUCCAUUAAAUGAGGCUAAUAAACCUAAGCUCCCCUAAAUGGCAAAAUAAACAAUAUUUAGUUGACCCUCCAGUUCGGUUCAUUGAACAGAAAAAAUACCGGAAACGUGUCAUAGGGGUGGGGGGAGGUUUCAAAAUUCACAAGUAAUUAUUUUUUUCUAUAUUUCUUUUUUGCUCUCUGCCAAUUUAUUAUUCUCCAAACUCAUUCAUCUCAAUUUUUUCAUGUAUCAUUCUAGUAAUAUUUGACUAACUAAUAGUGUGUGUUUUUAUUCUAUUCAGAUGUCUGAUAGUGAGUUUGUUUUAAUGUUUUAUGUAUAGGUGGAAAGUUGAAAGUUUAGCAAUAAUCUAUAGGAUUAUCAUAGAAACCCUGGAAAAUUUUGAUUUUCCGGAAUCGCUUUCUUUUUCAAUUAUUAUUUUUUGUGUCUGUUAGAAACGUCACUUUUGUUUAGGAAAAAAAGCAAACAAAAACAUUUAUUCUCGCUAUUUUUAACUAAUGAAAUAAUGAAAAAAAGUUUAAAAAUCAAAUCAAAUUGUUUUUUAUUUGAUGUUUUGAUUCUUUUGUCUUAAUUAACGAGGAAGUAAAAAUUUGGAAACAAGUUUUGGGAUUAUAGAAUUUUGAGAAAAUUUGGAUUUUCUCAUUAGCCACCCUGGGAUAAUCUUAUAUGACAGAUUUUCUGAAGUGACAGAGAUUUAGUUGAAAAGAUUUUCUUAUUGGAUAAUCGGAGUUCUUUGUGUUCUAAUGAGCUUUAAAAGCGAGCUUUUUGAUUACGUAGACCGGAUUUUCAAAAAAAAAUUAUUAGAUUGAAACCAGCAAAAAUUUCGGUCACUUUCUUUUUUCAAUAGUGAUUCAACGUUUGAAAAAUGAGCUUUAUAAAUUUUUUGCAGGUUUUUGAAAACUUCAACAAUUCUUAACUUCUUUGAAAACAUUUUCCUAAGCCUGCUAAAAAGUAUAUUCAAAAAUUCAUAGUUUUUUCCAACAACUUUUGAAAGUCAUGCUUUUUCUCAAAAAUAAAAAACGUUGACCAACUAUGGUUUUCAAAUCAUUACUUGGUUACCAACGAAACUUUCCACCUUGGUUCGAUUCUUUUCACAAAAUCCCUCAAAAACUUAUUUUUCCUUUUCCUAGAAAAAAUUCAUGGUUUUUUCAUGUGAACCUUUUGUUUUAUUUUCUUUGAAGGAUCAAAGAUUUAGCCGGAAAGAUUUUUAUCGCAGACUAGCUCUCAAAAAAAUCAGUGUUCUUUGUGCUCUUAUUUUUUUCUCUAGAAAAUGAAAAAGUUAUUGUGAAUCUGAUAUAAUUAAGUAUGUCACCUGGGAACUUGAUGAACACGGUGUGUUAUUUAUAAAAUCUUGAGCUUACAUUAGGAUUUGUUGAACAUUUAGGCUGUAAUAAUUUAAAUUUUAGCGGAUAUAAGAAAAAUCAAAGAUUUUCAAAUUUUAGUUAGUCUUUUUUCUAUAAACCUUGGUUUUUAUGAUGUAUUUAGACAAAAUCUUGAUCGGCUUUGUAAACAAAAUCGGAUUGAAAAAUGUUCAUAACCACUUAUUCAUCCUAGCUCAUUUUUUUAUCUCAAAACCGUAUGAUUUUCCAGUCAUAUUUUCCUCUCUCAAUAGAAUACCAAAUGAUGUUAGAAUAUGUAAAUUAUGAGUGUGUGAUUAACCAUUCAAAAAGUUUCAAAUAAUACAUGACGUGGUUCACAAAGUUGAAUUCUUGUCUUGUCUUGGCUUUUUCUCAGAUUGUAACAUAUCCUCAUCAAUAUUUCAGUAUUUGUCAGUAACGCGCACUUUGAUGCUUUUUUUUUGUUUUUUUUGUGUUUUCUUCUCAAGUAAACACAAUUUUUUUGGUUUGAUAGUAGGCAAGCUUCAACACAGAAAACAAAACAAAACAACAACAACAAACAAAAACAACCAUAAAUAUAUCUCAUUUUUGCUUGUUCCCAACCUUUCUCCGCUGCUUUUUUCUAGUAGAUAAUUGAAUAAUGCCUCGAUUUUCGCCAGCUUCCGUUUUUCGUUCAGUUUAGCUUUAGAAAAAAAAUAAAAUAAAAUCACGUCAUUUUUGUUGCAAAGAAGCAAAAAAAGUUUUUGCGCGAUAUUUAUGGAAGCGGGGGAGCUCCAUCUCAUUUCUGUUUUAUUUCUUUUUCUUCUAAUAACAACUUCUCAUAUUUCAAGGGAUUCAAAAGGAAUGAAAUGAAAUGACAUCAGUUGUUUUGAUUAUGUAAAAAAUUUGGUUGAGAUCAAAAAUAACAGCUGUUUUUUGUUGAUUACUGAAUGUUUUGACUGAAUUUGAUAAGAAUUAUUUUAUGUUAGGAUGUGAACCUUUUUUCGGUUUCUAGAUUUUUCAUGAAAUUUUGGCAAAGAAUUCUGAGCUUCCAAAUCUCAAGUGGAAAACGACAUAGCCUUCAGAAUAUCAUCACAGUACUCGAUGAAAAAAUUAUGAAAAUACAUAUUAUGGAAAAUUAUUUUCUCAGAAAUUAUUAUUUUCAAAUCUCUAAAAAAUUCAAUUCGUUGAAGUUUUUGAAUUUUUGUCAGCCAAAAGUUUCUGAAAAAACAUAGAAAUGCUUUUCUGUGUUACAUAUUUACUAGAAAUUCUUAAGAUCUUAAAAAAACAAAUACUUCUCGAUUCAGAAGCACAACUUCAAAAAAGAUUAUUCUUUGAUCUGCUUUUCCCCAAUCCUCUACUUUUGAUUUUCAAAUAACUUUCAAUUCAGAAAAUAAUCAAAACAAGACAAAAAUGUUUGGCAACAAACGAGUCUCUAGUUUCUUUUAUUCCACCUAAUUUAUCCAGCGGCAUUUCUCACAACUUUUUUUCUAUGCAUUUCCCUCCACAUCUCUAAUACUAUUUUUAUAAUGAUCAUGUAUGUCUGCGUUUCUAUCACACAAAACUAGUGAAAAAGCAAGGACCUUCAACGACUAGUGAGGUCCGUUUUUUUUGCCGUCUUUUACAUACUUUUUUUCCUCCUUCUCUAGUUUCAUGCUUCUUUUUUUUCGUUGAUGUCAUCUGACGUCAUUAUUUGUUGCCAAAUGCCUUCAGGGUCUACACAUAUUCAUAUACUCUCUGUUUUUUCCCUCUCUCUCGUUUUCUGUUAUUUCGACUUCUAGCUCAUUGCUAUUUAUCCCAUCUCUAUCAUUUCUUUGAAUUUUUGCGUUCUUUUUAAUAUGCUUUUCAAGGUAUUAUGUUUAGUAAUCCCUUUUAAAUCUUUAUAUUUGAAUAUCUCCCUCACUCCCUCCCUCAUUUUUUUCUUCUUCAUUUUUUUCUCUUAUGUAAAUUCUUGAGAUACUAAUUUGGUAGGAAAUACUGAACGCCUACACCGGAAAUUUGCCGUUUUUCCUGUAAUCACGUGGCUUAUAAAAUAUUAUUCAUCUUUUUCCUACUAGAUUUUCAAAAACACAAAUCAUUAAAAUGAAUCUCUUUUUUUGCGCCUCAUUUCAAUGGGGCAAAUCUUUUCAUUUUCAGUUUCAUUUUCAAAUAAUGAUGAGAUGACAUCAUUUCUCCAUUUAUUUUUUCCUUCUCAUUCUCAUGUUACCAACACAACAAGCCACAAAGAAAAGAAUUAAUUCAUUUUUUCAUUUUUCAAAACUUUUUUUGAAUGUGCCAAAUGCACUUUUGUCUAAUUCGUCAUCCAAUGAUAAAAAAUUUAAAGUGUAAUUCGAAUCAAAAUAAUUUCAAUAAUUUUUUUGCAGAAGAUGCUUCGAGUGUGGAUUCAAACGAUAUGAAUAUAGUUUCCUUCACUUCGCAGCUGUGUGCAUCAACUAGGUAAGUAAUACUGUAGCUAAAAAAAAUGCUGAAUACUAAUUGAGGAAAUGAAAAUCUUAUACAUAUAUUAGCAUAUUCUUCUAAUGAUUUCAUGUUUUUCUCUUGUUGAAGCUCUUCAGCUUCAGCAAAGCCAGCUCAAUUCGGAUCAAAAUUGGCUCAAAAAAGUAGAUCAUGCGAUUUGGGUGGGGAUUAAUGAGAUUUUUGAGAAAAAUAAAAUGAUGUGUGUUGAAUUCAGGUGAAAAAUAGGAGAAAAAUAAGAAAAACUGUAUAUAAUAGUGGGUGGGUUAGGCUAAUUGGUUUCUGGAAUGCAACUGAAAAAUAUUCUAUAAAAGCCAGGUUUUUCGUGCAGUUGGAACUGAAAAAUUGUUUUUUAGAUUGGUUGAUUAUUUUGUUUUUUGAGGUGCAUCUGAUUUCUGUUUUUCGUUUGUCUCAAUUUUAUUUUCUGAUUUUUGUGAGUGCUGUGUAUUUGUAAAUAUUUUUUGUUGAUAACAGAUUAUUUUUAAUUUUCCAAAUUAACAUUUUGAAGAGAGUGUAUUUCCGUAGAUAUCCAAACAAUCCUGAAACUUUCUUCACGUAAUUUUCAAUACUCAAAAUUAGAAAAAACAUAUAAAUUUCUGAAUUCCAUUGUUUUUGGAGACCAAACUUUCAUGUACGAAACCAAAAUAAUUGUUUUCUGGUAUAUAAAAGCUUUCUCACAAUUUGUUAUCGUGAGAAUGCAUAAUUAUUGAAUUUUUGAACGCCAAAACUUGACAUCAUUUAAAAAUAAUCGUUUUCUGGUAAAUCCAAUUUUUUCUCACAAUUUAUUUUCAAUCACAAGAAUUCAGAAUUCUUUUCUAGAAACCAAUUAUUUAUCUGAAAAUGUAUGCUCAAUUAUUUUUUAUUAUGAGAAAGAAAGCUCAAGUUCUUCGAGGUUCAGAACUUUGAUCUUAAAAUGAAACUGAAAUUUUAUGAAAUUUUGAACCAAAAUUAUUUUUACAAUUUGUUCCCUAAAGUGUUUUCUGGUUCAAAAACAGUUCAUAUUUACACCGAGAACUAUUUCUAAUUUCUACCAAAUUCAAAUCCCUGUUUUGAAGAAUGAAUUCCGAAACAUUGCUCUCAAUUUCUAUUCGAUUAUGAUAAUUUUGAAACACGUGAUAUUUUUCAUGAAACACUUUUUUCGACUCUUAAUUUCGGAGAAUUUGAAAUUUUGUUGAAACAUUUCCGGUGAAAAAUAUUAAGACUUUGCUCUCAUUUUUUGAUAAUGUGAAAACGAGACGUUUUGCACGAAAUUUUCUCAUUUUCAACCUUUAAGACUUCAAGAUUUGAAAUCAAACAUUUCCGGCGAAAACUUUGCCCUCAAUUUUCUUUUCAAACAAUAUUUGUCCAGUGUCCAAUCUUCGAACUCUUGAUUGUAACACUAUCAAAAAAAUGACCCCUCCCAAAUCAUUUUUUUCUGUGCUUUCUUCUGCAGAAUGCAAAAAACUGCAUCAUAAGAACCCACUCACUAUUACCCUUUUAUUCGUCAUUCUCAUUUUAAUGUAUCCUUAAAAACUCCAAAAAUAGGCUUUUUGUGCAUCAGCCAUGUUCAAAAAUAAAAUCGUAGUAGGUGGGCUCAAAAUGACGAGACCACAAAAAACCUAACGACAUCAUUAGACGAAUUAGAUAUAUAAAAUGAAAAUCCGCCGCGGGUUGUACUUUAUUUUUCAUUUCUUUUUUUUUCUUUCACUUCUUCAGCUGUCAUUUUCAGUUGUCAAAUUGCUUGACAACGAUUGUAAACAGCUUUUCCUCGGCUCCUAUCGAAAUCAGACAAACAAAGACAAAAAAAAUUAUAUUUUUAAUCCAAAGACAAAAUGUUUUUGCAAAAAAAAUGUUUUGUGUCUCAUUAUUUUAUAUUUUGAUUCCUUUUUUUUCAUUAUUAAAACAAACACCGCUCGAUCAAGAAUCUUCUCGAAAAAAAAACAAAACAAAAACAAAAUUCUUUGAAAUCGAUCCACCUACAACUUUUACACCUGCUCAUUUCGUCGUCAUUUUUAAUCUAUUCAAGUUUUACUUUUUUUUUCUUCUUGAGCGGAUAUUAUUUUUAAAUCAACCCCCCGGUGACGACAAAAUGUGAUUUUUGGAAAAAUAAAACCUUUAUUUACUUUUUUUUUUGCUCUAAUCUUUUUUGAGGUUUGAUUCAUUUAGACUUAUGUCAUUGUUUUGAAAUUUCUGUAUACAUUAUCUGUUAGCAGACAUCAAUUACAUAACACUAUGUUUUAUAGUAGACAUAUGGUAACUGUUCCUAAUUGCAGCAAUUUUCACACGCUAUCUGUCUGGCGUGUUUCUGGCCAAAAUUACGUAAACUAACCUCGCAUCAUUAGUUUUAUAUUUCUUUUUUAACAUAAAAUAAAAAAACGUUUUUGUCAUUUCCGUUAAUUGUACAACUCCGGGCGGGAACACUAUUUUAAUUAGUGUAAAAAAUAUAUAAAAACGCCGCUCAGUCUGUUAUUUUCUGUGUAUUUUUUUGCUCAUCUCUAUUUUUUUUUACUUAUGACGACAAUCCGAUAUACAGUAACAUCAAUAAGUAAAGAAGUUGUACAAAUAUGGUAAAAAAGUAUCGAAAAAAUUGUGUAGUCAAUAUUUAUUUUUUCCUAAUACGAUACCAUGAUCCUUAUUCGCUUUUUUUUCACAGGCAGGAAAUAGGGGGAGGGGCGUGUCAUUUUGGAACAUCACCUGUUCUAAAUAUAUAAAUAAAUGCUCUCGAUUUUUUUUUGACAUAUAUAUGUUGUAUACAUACAUAUAUAUGCUAUUUGCGAGUCAAAUUUUUUUCUGCCUCACAUCAAUUCUUUGUUUAAUCCUCUUGUCUUAGAUAUUAAAUAAAUAUCAAAUCUCUCUUUUUCAAAUCAACUCACCAAAAAAAAUGAGAGGAUGAUGAUGAAGAGUACGGUAAUCCGCAAAUGAUUUCUGACCUUUUACAACCUUGGGUGUGGCUGGCUCAAGGCUCUUUAUUUGUAUUUGUGUCGCGUGAGAAAAUAUACCGAGAAAAAACCCAUAAACGUCACUCAUUUAUUGUUUUUUUAUGAAAAAUGUUAUGCAAAUCAGAUUACACGUGAGAACUAAUUAUUAGGCAGUUUUCUUUAUUCCCCAGAAUAUUCGUCACUUUUUUUAGCGGGUUGCUUCUCGAAAUAAAUGUCACGAGCAAAAUAAGCCUGAUAAAAAUAUACCAGAAAAAAAGGUGCGAAAAAAAUAUACGGUAUGUAAGAGGCAACCGCUGAUAACACGCUCUUUUAUUUGUGAUGAUAGAGACGCACACAAAUUUUGUCAAUUUUUCUUAUUUUUCGUUCUGUGUUCGAUUCAUUCUCAAUCCAUUCAUUCAUUGUUUUUCUAUCGCUGCUUCUUUAAACAUCACCUGAUUCAAUAACCUUAUUUCACGUGAACAGAAAGAACAUACACACUUUCAGCCACAAUUGUUCUAUUUUUCAACAGCCAGUCAGAAAUUUCCACUUUGACUUGUUUUCUGUCCCACACAGAGAUUUUACAGUAAAACUGUUUUUUUUAUUUGACAGUAAAGAUCACGAACAAUAUAGUUCCAUUUUAUUUCAUUUUAUUUUAUUUUCCAAUUUUUCGCCCCACCCACUAAAUAUUAUGGGCAGGCAGGCAUUAAAAAAAAGUGGGCGUGGCUUGUUGUGUGUCUCGAAUCUGUAUAUUGGAUCGGAAGAUCAUCAGUCAUUAUAUAUUAUAUUAUUAUGCUGGCCGAGCGGGCAUGUUUUUCUGUUAGGUACAUAUUUAUUUGGGUGCAACUUUAGAAAAAAACAGUUGACGUGUUUUUUGGAACUAAACAUGUGUUGAUACACACGUCAUUUUUGUAUUGUUUAGUCAUAAAGAGAAACAAAAAUCAAGUCUCUUCAAACUAAUCAAGCGGAAAAUGAUCAUCUUGUAUUUUUAUUCAUCACUUCUUGAACCUUCUCCUUUUCUCUAUUUUUAUUUUUAUUUUUUUGCAUUUUUCGAAUUGUUCCUCUCUCUCUCUCUAAACCGUUUUCAAAAUUUUUUGAGAUAGACAUUUUCUAGAUCAUAAACCAAAGCAAUUAUUCCAAAGAAAUAGCAACAAUUACAAUUAAAAUGACUAGAUGUUCAGCGCCAAGAGAAAUUAGCGUAAGGUAGUGAAGAGAAAUUUGAAUGAUAUCCAUAUUUUUUGAAAUAAUUCAAAUAUUUUUGCAGUGAAGAGAAUGCCGAAAAAUGUGUGGACAAAAAAGGAAGUCGGAAAAGUUCAACAUUUAUCGAAGGGCAAGCAAGAACUCCAACAUGUUGCAGGUAAUCAACAAAAUACACUUUUUUCGAAUGAUUGAAAACAUUUUCUCAUUCAAUCAAAUUAAUUUGAUAACAACAUUCAUUCUAAUUCCAUUUUGUGUUAUUUUGAACAUUUAAAGAACAUUUUUAAAAACGUCUAAAUGACGUUAUUUCCGAACUUUCUCCAUUUUCCAUUAACUUAAUCUAAUCUCUUUAGAAAUGGAGAAGAAUGUAAGGUGGCUGGUAAUUGUGUAUGUAAUCCUCCUAAACCAACUGAUCCAACGGAUGAAAAACCAACAAGCUCAAGAGAAACUUAUGAUGUUUUCCUUGGUGGAUCAUGUGGUACAACUGUCUGGAGACGACAAUCAGUUAUUCCAUUUUUGAAAAAACGUGGAAUUACUUAUUACGAUCCUCAAAGAAGUUGUUGGAGUGAAAAUAUGAUUUAUGAAGAGUCGAUCGCAAAAGAGGUAACAUCUUGUGUUUAUCAAUCAUUGUUUACAUUUUAUUUCAGAGUUCCUCUCUUUUUCUGUUUGUCAUUGAUCCGGCUACAGUUAAUGCGACCAGUUUUCUCGAAAUCGCUUACUUUGCUGCUAGGAAAUCACCCAAACUUGUCGUCGUGUUUUUGGGAAAAACUGAAUGGGCUGAAAAGGCGCAUCCGGACGAUCUACCAGAUCGUAAUAGAACUUGUCAACUUCUUGAUCGAAUUUUGGAAAGUCACAGUGUUCCAAUGUUGCAUACAAUUCCCGACGCAUUGGAAUUUAUUGAAGAAGAGAUGAUUGGUCGACAAAGUUUUCGAGAGGCUAUGAAAUCAAACAAAUCGCGAGUUCCAUAUUUGCAAAUUCGCGGAAGACGCAUCGCUCACAACGUUCGGAAUGUCGCUGAAACCACAUUCAAAACAUGCCGAACCUAUGCAACAAAAACUGUUCUAACCGGAAUGGCUGAUGCUGUUGCACUUAUUACUGCAUCUUUUGUCUUCCCAACAAUUCCAUUAUUAUAUCUUCUGGUUCCAAUCAUCUUCAUAAACAUCUUGAUCUUCGCAGUGGUUUCGCGAGUUCGUAAUCUUCGCCGUCGUUAUCCUCGUAUGAUUGCUGAUUCAUCCGCAGUUCUGUACAAUUCUACACCUGCAAUUCCAUCGCCAAGAAUGACAAUCACUACAACAAGUGUGAAUGAGACAAUUAGCGCCGUUUCCAAAGUGCGUCGUAGAUCAAAUCAAAAUUUCGAAAAACUGAUGGAAGAAGAUGGCUCAUCUUCAUUUGUUAUUCCACAAUCAUUCAUCAAAAAACAGUGAGUUUUGAAGAAAAGAUUCUUGGGAUCUUUUGAAAAUACAGAGCAAAUUUGAGUGGGGGUUUCAGAGAGCCAAAAAUCAACAUUGAUUGUUCGGUGAUUGAGCUUUGCUCAAGCGCAUUGGAUGACAAUAGCUGGGUUCAAGAACUCGCUGCACCGGUUUUAGAGUGAGUAUAUGUAAAAUGUUGUGAUAGUGUGUGUGAAAAAUUGUGGGAAAAAAUCGUAAUUAAAUUACCCCACAAUUACCCAAUAUCAUUUUCAGUGGCAAAGGAACACCCUACUCGUACGCCUUGGCGAUGCCUAAUUUCAAUAUUGAUACUCGAAUGAAUUGUUUGAGAACCUGGUUACAUCAUCAUAAAAAGUUCUUCUACUAUAUUCCAACAACACAAACAUUUUUGUCGGGCAUGGUUGAGGUGUGUUUUAUGUUAUCAUUUGAUGUUUCAACUUUGUUUUUUUGCAAAAAAAAUAGUAAACAAUUUCUCAUUCACAAUAACAAAUUUGUGUUGUUUGCAGAUUGCCUAUAUCUUAGGGCAUACAAACUGGGAAGGCACUGUUUGUGUUCCACCAACAUCGCAAUUUCUUGAAUGUCCAGAGGAAAAUAAUGGUGAUGAAAUCGAGCAAACUAGAGCCGCACGUCGUCGACGAAACGAUUGUUACCAGAUCGCGUUUUGCUAUUUAAAGGUCAGCUUAAUGAAAAAAUUGAAUUUUAAAUCAUUUUUUGUCGCAUUUUCAGGACAUGGCAAAACGUCGUCAAUGUCGCGUGUAUACUGACAUCCAAACUGCCAUCAAAGAGCUCGUUGAGCCAAAAAUGAAUGCAAUUUAA